AUGUAUUCGUCAACAAUUGCAUCGUCUUUUACAACGAGUCCAAGAUUUGGAAUGACCGCCAUGAUUCGCACCUUUGCAACGAUGCAAAAGAAGCGGCCCCGUGUAGUCAUUCUUGGUUCUGGAUGGGGUGGUAAUACUCUCGCAAGGCGUAUCAAUAAGGACAUCUAUGAUGUACGAUUGAUUUCUCCAGCAAACCAUUUUCUGUUCACGCCACUCCUUCCGAGUACGGCUGUUGGGACGUUGGAAUUCCGUGCCAUUCAAGAACCAGUCCGAACGAUUAAAGGAUUGGGAGAGUAUUAUCAAGCCAAAGCCAAGGCACUUGACACGGAAAACCAAGUCGUCAAGUGUCAAGAUUUAUUCAAGGGCCAUGAAUUCGAUGUCAAAUAUGACUACUUGUGCAUAUCGGCGGGAAACAAAACCAAUACUUUCAAUACUCCAGGAAUUUCCGAACGAGAAGGAAAGGAAGUGUUCUUCCUCAAACAUUUGUAUCAUGCCCGUAAAAUACGAAACCGCAUCUUGGAAUGCUUCGAAAGGGCUUCCAACCCAAAGAUUAAUCCAGAAGAACGCGAUCGACUCCUGUCUUUUAUUGUGGUCGGUGGUGGACCCACCAGUUGUGAAUUCACGACCGAAUUGUACGACUUUUUACAGGAGGAUGUUGCCAAGUGGUAUCCCGAACUGGUCAAGCACGUCAAAUUGACUCUGGUGGAGGCUGGUCCUGGAUUGUUGGGGUCGUUUCACAAGUCCUUGGCGGAUUACUAUUUGGAAAAACUUCGACAAAAGAACAUUGAUGUAAAACUCAGCAUGGCCGUGACUGGAGUCGAAGAACGAUGGUACUCGUCGGAAGUUGCUGGCGGUCAAGCGGGCACGGAACAUGCUGAAGGCGAAAAGGGUCACUACACGGUAGCUUCCUUUGCGGAUGGCACUGAAUUGCCCUUUGGUGCCAUGCUCUGGUCCGCCGGUCUUGCUCCCGUCAAGUUUGUUGAAGAGUCUGGUCUAAAAUUAGAUCGAGGCAAGGUUGUUGUUGAUAGAUACUUGCGUGUACCAGGCCAAAAUGGCCGGAUCAUGGCGUUGGGUGAUUGUGCUGUCCCUGCAGAAGGCGAGGGCACUCCGCUGCCACCCACAGCAUCCGUGGCCGAACAGCAGGCCUACUACAUUGGAGAUUGUUUGAAUCUCUACAACAAAGAUUUCGAUGUGACGAACAGGGAUCAAGAGGUUCCCAUACCAGGUCCUAUUGCGCCAGCACUGAUGCCCUGGCAAUCAGCCGAGUUUUUGAACAAGAUAUUGGUCAAGGCUGCACCAGAGUUUCAAUACAAGAAUCGAGGUGCCAUGGCGGCCAUGGGCUUUGGAGGGGGCGUUUCCGACUUGACUAAGACUGAUUUGCCCGCCCCCAAGGUUGCCACCUCGGGUGCGGCAGCUUUUUUCAUGUGGCGGUCGGCCUACUGGACCAAGCAGCUUAGUUGGAGCAACAUGAUUUUGAUUCCUAUGUACUGGUUUAAGCAAAUGGUCUUCGGUCGAGACAUUAGUCGGUUUUAG